AUGCACGGAUUCCAAGGAUUUGAGUAUUUAGUACCUGUAGCUGUAUUUAAUGUAAUCUAUAUUCUGAGCAUUCUUCCACAGUGCUAUUUCACCAAGUGUAGAAGUAGGUGCCCAAUGACCACCAUUAGAAAAGGAGCUUUAUAUGGAACAGUAGUUACAAUAAUAUUAGCAGUAAUAUUUACUUUCUUCCAAGGAGUUGAAUAUUCAGUAUCUUCUUUCACUAUUUCUGAUAGUGUUUAUGGUUCAUGUUUCUACUUUGGAACAGGUUUCCACGGUUUACACGUUAUUAUAGGAACAGCAUUCUUAGCUAUCACCAUCACCUUGGUUACGAAUCUGUUUAUUACUGAGGUUAUUAAAUAUUAA